GAACCAGGUCCAAACAGACUUGACCAUGGGAGCCAACACUUCAAGCAAACCACCAGUGUUUGAUGAAAAUGAAGACGUCAACUUUGACCACUUUGAAAUUUUGCGAGCCAUUGGAAAAGGCAGUUUUGGGAAGGUCUGCAUCGUACAGAAGAAUGACACCAAGAAGAUGUAUGCAAUGAAGUACAUGAAUAAACAGAAGUGUGUGGAACGCAACGAAGUGAGAAAUGUGUUCAAGGAGCUCCAGAUCAUGCAGGGCCUGGAGCACCCCUUCCUGGUGAACCUGUGGUAUUCCUUCCAAGAUGAGGAAGACAUGUUCAUGGUGGUAGACCUCCUGCUGGGCGGGGACCUACGCUAUCACCUGCAGCAGAACGUCCGCUUCCAGGAAGACACGGUGAAGCUGUUCAUCUGUGAGCUGGCCAUGGCUCUGGACUACCUGCAGGGCCAGCGCAUCAUUCACAGGGAUAUGAAGCCUGACAAUAUUUUACUUGAUGAACACGGACAUGUGCACAUCACAGAUUUCAACAUUGCUGCGAUGCUGCCCAAGGAGAUGCGGAUCACCACCAUGGCCGGCACCAAGCCUUACAUGGCACCUGAAAUGUUCAACUCCAAAAAAGAAGCAGGUUAUUCCUUUGCUGUUGAUUGGUGGUCCCUAGGCGUGACAGCAUAUGAGCUGCUGAGAGGCCGGAGACCAUAUCAUAUUCGCUCCAGUACUUCUAGCAAGGAAAUUGUGAACAUGUUUGAGACAGCUAUUGUGGCAUACCCUUCUGCCUGGUCUCAGGAAAUGGUGUCACUUCUUAAAAAGCUCCUUGAACCCAACCCAGACCAACGAUUCUCUCACUUGUCUGAUGUUCAGAACUUCCCGUAUAUGAAUGAUGUGAACUGGGAUGCGGUUCUGCAGAAGAGGCUCAUUCCAGGUUUCAUCCCUAAUAAAGGCCGACUCAACUGCGACCCUACCUUUGAACUCGAAGAGAUGAUUCUAGAGUCCAAACCUCUUCACAAGAAAAAGAAGCGUCUGGCAAAGAAGGAGAAGGAGAUGAGGAAGUGUGAUUCCUCUCAGACAUGUCUUCUUCAAGAGCAUCUUGAAUCUGUCCAGAAGGAGUUCAUUAUUUUCAACAGAGAAAAGGUAAAAAGGGACUUUAAUAAAAAGCAAGCAAAUCUGGCCUUGGAACAAACCAAACACCCUCAAGAAGAAGAUGGCCAGAACAACCGCCUGUAG